AUGUCCUUGGUAACAAACGAAGACCAACAGCCCGAGGGCAACCGAAGCGAUGUCCACCGGCGGCAUAGUACUUCGGCCACCAAACAUGAGGCAGGACCAGACCCUGAUGGCGAAUUCGAGUCGAAGAACUCCCCGGCUGCGACUUUACCGAACCGAGCAGACUGCGCCACGGAUCGAUCAGACGAGAUCAACUUGUUCACGCCCAUAUCCACUUCGGCUGUCGACACGCUGUGGCUUCCUGAUCUGCCAGCAUGUCCCGACGAAACGACACAACGCAUCAGGCGUGGCCUAGCGGCUGAGAAGCACAUGACGUUUCUCAACUCUUGUAGGCGGUACCCAAAAGCGAUUGGAUGGUCGCUCUUGCUCUUCCUCACUGUGGUCCUGGAAGCCUACGGCAAAGUCAUCAUCACCGGCCUCCUCGCAUUUCCGACUUUCAAGCGCAGAUACGGACGUCGGACGCCCUCCCUGGACAAAUCUCCGGAUGAGGACUUCUACGAGAUCUCAUCUGAAUGGCAGAUCGCGUUGCAAAAUGCGGCUGUAUCUUGUGAGAUCAUAGGCUUGCUCGCUCACGGCUACAUCACAUAUGCAAUCGGAUAUCGAAAGGUGCUUAUUGCCACCCUAACCUGGCUCUGUGUAGCGGUGUUUGCUGCGUUCUUCGCACAAAACAUUGCUCUUCUAGUGGCGUCACAGGCAUUGUGUGGACUCAGUUGGGGCGUCAUCCAAACGCUGGCCGCUACCUACGCCGCCGAAGUUGUGCCAUCUGGGCUACGUGGACAUAUCCUGAGCAAUGUCAACAUGUGUUGGGUUGUUGGCCAGCUCAUCGGAACGGGCGUACUCCGCGGUCUCGUGGACGAUACCUCGGAGUGGUCCUACCGAAUCCCCUUUGCUUUGCAAUGGGCAUUCGCCGUUCCGCUUCUAAUUGGCGUCUUCUUCGCGCCUGACAGUCCUUGGUGGCUUGUUCGUCACGAGAGGAAGGAAGACGCCCGCCACUCUCUUCAGCGGCUUUCCAAUCACGAGAAUCCCGCCAUCAACGAUACUCUCGCAGUGAUGGAGCACACAAACGCCAUUGAGAAGAAACUGAACUAUGGCGGCGCGACCUACGCCGAUUGUUUCCGCGGGGCAAACCGACGCCGGACGGAAAUCUCAUGCGUCGUGUGGAUUUGCCAGGCCAUCUCUGGCUCAAUCUGGGCUGGCUAUGCGCCGUACUUCUUUGAGCAGGCGGGUUUCAACCCAUCCAACUCGUUCAACCUGUCAACAGGCAUGUACGGCUUGGCAGUUGUCGGGGGCAUGAUUGCUUGGGGCCUGCUGCUCAAGCUUGGCCGCCGAACGCUCUACCUGUCCGGACUGUCGUCAGCAGUCGUUCUUCUCGUCAUUGGUGGCACCAUCUCGGCAGCCGGAAGCGGCGACCCGUCUACCUCGUGGGCCCUGGGCGUCGUCAUCAUCCUGGCGACAUUUACCUACGACUUGACGCUCGGUCCCGUCUGCUACAUCCUGGUGGCAGAGGUCCCCUCGACACGCCUGCGGGUCAAGACGGUCGCGCUGGCCAGAGUCGCAUACAAUCUCGUCAUGAUUGUGAACCACGUCCUCGUCCUCAAGAUGCUGGAUCCGACGGGGUGGAACCUCGAGGGCAGGUCUUGUUUCGUGUACGCGGGAGCGGCACUCGUUUGUCUAGUGUGGUGCUACUUCCGACUGCCGGAGACCAAGGGCCUUUCGUAUCUAGAGCUGGAUAUCCUUUUCGAAAAGAGGGCUCCGACGGUGAAGUUCGGGCAGCUGCGGGACAGACUUGCCAAUUCGGCCUAUUUUUCCAUGUCUGAUUCGGAGCGGCUUAGGAAUACGUGGCAUGGCUGGUUGGCAUAUUCAUAA